UUGAUUUUCAUUUAUAUCUUUUUUGUCAAAAUGGAUAUUUAUAUGGAUAUGGAUAUUGCUGCUGAGGAAACGUCGUCACUCUUGCAUGGCCAAAAAUUCAUUAAGCCAUUUUCUAACUUUUUUCAAACGGCCAAACAAAAAUUUGCAGAUUUUGAUCCUGAGAGUGCUGUUCACUUGGUUGGUCCCAUGUUUGAGCUCACUGCUCCUAUUGAUAAAGAUAAAUCGCAUCAAGAUUUCGAUGCAGUAUAUCCCGAAAAAUGUGUUUCAUAUGGUCCAACUAUCUGCUCCUUCGGCCUAUCUUAUAAUGAUCACAAUUAUGCCAAGCCUGUUGGCUUGACUCCUCCCGUUAUGGCACCUCAUCUUAUGGAUGAUUAUCCUUCCAGAUCAAAUAACUUACCUCUCCCAAUUCCAGUUGUAAAGGAGGCAAUUACCGAUGCUGUUGCUAAUAAUUCAAAUGUGUCAACGGAUACCGGUGCUCAAUUGCUCUCUUCCUCUACAUCAAAUCAAGCAAAGUUCCUCAUCAAAACAAAGGAAGUCAAGUCACCAACGAUUACUGUAACAUCCCCUUCGACAUCACUUACUAAUAAUAGGUCUGAUAGACCAACUCAAUUUGAUGUACCUUCUGUUGAUCCUUCAGCUGGUUUAUCUGACUCCAAAAAAGCUCUCUUUGCUGCUUGGCAUGCGAAAGCUGCAGCUAGUGGUGGUACUUUGCUAGUUCAACAUAACUGGAAAAAUUCCGACACUCAACAACAAUCGCAGAAAAAAUCUUCCUCCGAAACAGAAGGGAAUAACGGCAUCACCGAAAAGCAGAAUUCCGUCAAAGAUCAGAUUGUUCUUAAUGUUCCACGUUAUUGCAGAAGUCUUGGUAAAGAAUCGGAGGGUGAAAGAGUUUUUCUGGAAUCCGAUAUGAAGAUACUCGAAGUCCCUGAAGAACUCUGUGUUUCUCCGUCGAAAUUGAGCAGCCUAGACAGUUCUGAUGAGGAAGAUCUUUCGGGAGAUGGAGCCGAAGAAAGUGAACUGAGUCAAAAGCCCGCCAUGUGGUCAACUGUGAGCUGUGUUUGUGAAAUGAAAACUGGUGAUUCAAACAUGAUUCAGUGCCUUAAUUGCAGGUAUCUCCAGCACUUGGAUUGUAUGAACAUAGCAUAUGCCGAUGGAGCCUGCACGGACGAAGCUAAUCCCACUGCAAUUACUCCUAAGGAUAAACUCUUAGAUCCUGCCACCUACUUGUGCCCUUCCUGUAUUCGUCCCACGUUUACUCUUAGUUCCGAAUUGUUUGCACGCGUUAUCGCUGCACAGAAGGAGAGGGAGACGAAUAAGCAGAAAACUCUCUACUCCUUCGUGCAACAUAAUUCUGGGAAAGCUGACCCACCCAGGCGUCCUAUUGGCGGUGCUCACCUGAUUGCAAGUGCUACGGAUCGGGCACGCCAGCUGGGGCUCAUUGGUGAUGGAAGUGGACCAGGAUCCACUACAAGCUCUAAGUCGAUUAACUACCCAAGUACUGAUGAACGGGUCAAAAUGAACUGUAUUGAGCGACAAAAUAAUGAAUCCACUGAUAUCAACUUACGAAUUCCUUCACCUCCUCGGGCCUCUAAGAGAAAGCAGGAUCUUAAAUCAAAGCCAUUCGUUGAACAACCACCUGCUAUAAUCAAGCCAAGUCCCGUUGAAAACGAGGAACUGAGAUCCCCGGGUACUCCUAACGCUCAUAUUCUUCCUAGUGGACCUAAUGCUCCAACAGUUUCAAAUACUCCCCUUCGUCUUGCAUAUCAAAAAGGUGUCAAGAUCUAUUCCUCUGAUGGAACUGACGAAAGAUCACCCAACACCUCCCUCCUUUCCUCAACCGAGAAGAUCCCGUUGACAAGUCCUAUGGGUAUUAUUAACAGCACCAAGAAGAAAAGGUCAGGAUUGUGCUCUGAAUCUCCCCAACGCAUGUCUACUGGAAAAAGAGGAUCGAAUGUAGGAUCCACUCUCGGUUCUGCAUGGGCUAAGGACUAUCGAGAAGCUGAUACAAAUGUUUUUUCGGAAAAUCUCCUCAACUAUGUUGAUCAACGAAUUAAAAGUGGUCGAGAACGCAUCCAACGGCUGACUCCUACUUCCCUUGGUCGAACUCCUCUCUGUCGGGUUGUCAUGUUCGAUCAUGAUGACAAGGGUCUUGAAGCAUCAGCACGUCUUGGAAAGGGUGAAGUCGUAACCGAACUUCGAGGAAACCUCAUGCUCAUGGAAGAGUACGAGCACUUUGUGGAUCCGAUUAAUGAGUCCAAUCGUUACGUAAUGAUUUAUCAAAACUUUGGUGAUCGUGCAAUUGCCAUCAAUGCCACACAAUAUGGUAAUGAUGCUAGGUUCAUUCGUCGCUCCUGCAUUCCCAACUGUUUUCUUGAUCACUUCAUAGUGUGCGAUAAACUGCGCAUCAUAAUUCGCACUACGCAGGAGCUGAUGCCCGGUGUAGAGCUAACCAUUCCUUUCGAUUUUGACUAUCGAUCCUGUAGAUAUGCUGUUAAGUGUGCUUGUGCUCGCUCCCGCUGUCCUGUACAAAAAUGGUGCCGCAAACUUGCCCGUAAUAAAGUUAUGCCCAACUUGGACUACGGCAGAUAUAUUGAAUAUCGACUUAACGCUUUGUCUAAACCGAUAACCGAUGACCAAUCGCCAACAACACCAGGUAGUAGCCGUUCAUACUCAACAGAUAACUCUCCCGUUCCUUCAUCCUCUCACAAAAUAAUGCUUGGUAAUACUCCUACUCCAACAUCAUCUACUACUCAACGUUAUACACCUACUUCCUCCAAUCGGCCCUUCCCUGCUGCCCGUCUUUUCACUUCUCCCACACCUGCCAAAAAUGCUCCCAUUCCAUCCACGUCUAACUGCCAAGUUCCUGAGAAAUCUCCCACUGACGCUGAUAGUUAUAAUGACGACGAAAAUGCACCGACAAAGACACCGACGGCAAAUCCCAACCCUGAGGCAGAAGCACCUUUGACAAAGAUUGAUCCCGUAGAGGAACAACAGCGGCAACUUUCUGCUUCAACAGUAGAUCAUGAAAAGCCUCAUCGAGAGGAUCCUCCACCGCCGUCCAAGAAGCGACGUUCAACGAAUACGGAUAAAGCGAAGGUUGGUGAAAAGUCCUCUAAGAAGGAGGCUAUUCUGGAUAUUCCUCCAUUUCAACCGAUCAUUACAACAAGACGACAGGCAGCGAAAUUUGCUGCUAUUGCGACGAAGAAAACACCCUCGACAAGAUCAUCUUCGGGCAGCUCUAAAAGACGAAAAUAG